CACUCCGGCUCAAGUCGUCCUAGAUUCCCCUCACACACAUGAUGCCUUCCUUCUUCUCCGCCACUCACUCCGCGUCUCUCCCUCGCUCUCCUCUUGUCCUCACAUACACCUGUGCUCACGCUGCACUCGCACACCCGGUCGUCUCUUCCCCUGGGAGCCAGCAACGUUAUACUCUCUGCAGCAAGAGCUCGUCCCACUCGAACGGUAGUAUACAUCUUGGGCGGCGAGGGAGCUGCGGCGAUCGUCAAGAAGAAAGGAACGUGUCGUUGUUUCAGCUCGUUGGAGCCGGAGGAGAUGGAGGGGAGCUACGGCAGCGGUGCUGCAACGCUGUCACGGGACCCGAAGCCGAGGCUGCGGUGGACGCCGGACCUCCACGAGCGCUUCGUCGACGCCGUCACCAAGCUCGGCGGCCCGGACAAAGCAACGCCCAAGUCGGUACUCAGGUUGAUGGGAAUGAAAGGCCUCACCCUGUACCAUCUGAAAAGUCACCUCCAGAAAUAUAGACAGGGAAGGCAGGGCAAGAAAAGCACAGGGCUGGAACUAGCCAACAGUGAUGGAUUUACCGCGCAGGGCAUCAGUUUCCCCACUGCAGCACCUCCUGGUGUCCCUGCUGAAGUAAACAAUACACGAGAAAUACCAGCUGCGGAUGCACUAAGGUAUCAAAUUCAAGUCCAAAGAAAACUACAAGAGCAACUUGAGGUGCAAAAGAAGCUGCAGAUGCGAAUUGAGGCUCAAGGGAAGUACCUAAAGGCACUACUAGAGAAAGCUCAAAGAAAUGUUCCCUUUGAUGAAAAUGCAUCCGGUAACAUAGAAUCAACCAAAUCACAGCUCACGGACUUCAACCUAGCUCUAUCAGGUUUCAUGGACAAUGCAACACGAGAGUAUGAAGAAAACAACGAACAAUUGGUGAAAGCUAUAUGUGAUGACAACCACAAAUCUAAUAAUUUAGGCUUUCAGCUCUACCAUGUAGGAAGUCAGGAGGCUAAGGAUGUCAAAUGCACACCAAAAACUGAAGGCUUGCUCCUAGUAGACUUGAAUAUUAAAGGAGGAUAUGACCUUUCUUCUAGAGGAAUGCAAGCAUGUGAGCUCGAUCUGAAGAUCAACCAGCAGUUAACAUAGAGAUUUGUUCACAAAGCUGACAGUUUUGGGAAGUUGACUUCACUCUUUGCUAUUAGAUUACUUCUUUCCUGUGGGUGCUGAGCAUGCUGGUCCAAAUCUCACAAGUUUGCUUUACACUAUUCUAAUGUUAAAUUCAUGAAAGAAACUUCUGAAUAAAUAUGGGUGUUGUUGAA